AAGUAUUUAACUUUUUAAAAACUAGCCUUUUGGAGAAAUAUCUAGUAGCCUAUUUCCUAUAUUACAAUUUGGUCAUGGCUCUUUGUUACAAAAAUUUUCCCUCUAAUCUCUAAAAUGUCUGCCUUGUCAUUGGCUACCUGCUUUUAACUACGAUUAAUGGUGACGUUUUUUUCUCAUGUUCCAUGAUGAACUGGAUUAAGGUAACUUUUUCAAUCCUUUUAUGCUUGAUUUUCUUUGCUUUGAAUUUGAGCUCUGUUUUCUAUUCUAAGUUACGGAUAAAAGACUGAUACUAGGAUAAGGAAGAAAGUCUAGAUAUCAAUUUGAUUUCAAAAACAGUUCCCGUUUUGGUCUUUAUAUUACCAAGUAGUUAAUGGUUUCUGCCUUGAGUUUCUAGCUCCUUUCAUUUUUUCUAGCUUUCCAAUAACUUCAUUCAUGUCUGGGGGUUGCUGACUGCAACAUUGAAGGACCAACUCAGUGAUUUCAAUUGCCUCUACUCAUUACACUUCUUACCUUCCAUUAAUUUUUCUGAUAACAUAUGCCCAGCUUCCAAAGGUAUAUGUCUCUUGUCAUUUAUUUUCUUAUUUUUUUCUGUUGGUCAUGUCCAUCUUUAUCUUUAGGCUGACCUGGAUCCUUUUCUUUCAUCAGCUGUUUGAGCAUUGUAAUACCAAAUGCAUAUACAUCAUCCCUUGCAUUAGGCAGUUUAAAAGCAGCAGUUUGGUUAUAUUGGGAAUAUAACAUGCCUACACUUUUAGGUAAAAAAAUUGUUUUGUCAUGAGAGUUUUUUCUUAUAUAUGCAGUACUAACAGAAAUACUAUGCUAGAACCAGAAUAUAACCACUGAUUCUACUUCUUGUUUGAAGAAACUCGUGGAUAGGAUUAACACUCCCUUUUAUUUUCAUACAGAUGAAUGUAUGCACUUGAAACAUUAUGAAUUUAGACCUGAUAAAAAAAGUAACCAAUUAAAAUUUGUUCUACUCACUGGAUAUCAAUUUCUUAAAAAAUUUAAGUGUUACCAUCAAGCAAGCUUGAGGCUAAUCUUUUAAAAGUGUUGAAUUAUCAGCAAAAAAAUAAAAAUAAAUAAAAAGUGGCUCCUAUUAAAAUAUGGUGAGUGCUUGAAUGUGGUCAUAAUUUGGUUAACAGACUGAACUUUGUCUUUUAUACUAAAUAUUAAAGAUUUGGUUAUCUCUUGAAUGUCUAGUCUUUUUAGCCAUUUAUAUGCUUACUAGUAAGCAUCACUCGUUUAGCAACACAAGCUGCUGAAUCGAAGUCUGCUACUUUGACAUUGAGAUCACUGUUUAGUGGCUUUUAAUAUGGCUAAAUUAAUAUUUUAUCUCUUAAGAUUUGAUGGCUAAUGGGCCAGUAGAAAUAAGCUGGGAAAAUCUAGAGGAUAUGCCAGAUCCCAUAGAGUUAGGAUCUGAUGGCUUUGAAGUGGUAAAAGCAGUCACGAGAUAUUAACAGAGAAGACCAAUAUAGUGAGUAUUGUCUAAAUAUGUUUAUAAUAAUAUAAUAUGAGGUUAAAAAGUGUUUUAACUCAUUUAUGACAUCUUGUCGAGAGAAAAAA